CCCUCUCUAUAAAUAUGCGUGUGCACAAGUAAGAAUAUGUCACUUGUAAUGUCUCACUGCGUUCUUCAUUCUUUUUCUGGUCUUCCAAGCAGACUGAUAUGUACUGAAAUAGGACACAAAUUUUGCUGAAAUUAAGCAGUCAUGUGCAAAAUGAGUGAAUCUCGAGAACUCGAGCUUCCCGACUUUAAUGGCGGCGGCGGCGAUGACGGCGGCGGCGACAUCAAAUUCGACGAAAUCAGCCAUGAUGCAAUGACGGCUGCAGAAGAUAGACAUAGAUCGUUUUGCUGUUUUUUUCAACGAGUGCCUUUAAACGAGGUAGUGGAAGAGCUGUUGUCAUUGGGUAAGAUCGCAUGCCCCGUGGCACUGACCACACUCCUCUACUUCUCGAAGACCAUAAUCUCCAUGCUCUUCCUGGGCCACAUGGAGAAGGCGGAGCUCGCCGGCGGCUCCCUGGCCGUGGGGUUCGCGAACGUGACGGGGUUCUCCGUGAUGAAGGGGCUGUGCACGGGCAUGGACCCCAUCUGCUGCCAAGCCUACGGUGCCCGGCGCUGGCCGGUUCUCACCCAAACCUACCUCAAGACCGUCGUCCUCCUCCUGGUGGUGACCAUCCCCAUGGCCGUGCUCUGGCUGAACGUGGACACCGUCUUCCACCGCCUCGGCCAGGAUCACACCAUCACCAAGAUCGCCAAGAACUACCUCCUCUUCUCCCUCCCUGAGCUCUUCACCCAUGCCAACCUCGUCCCCCUCCGAACCUUUCUCCGAACCCAAGGCUUGAAUUCCCCAAACACCCUCGUCGCCACGUGUGUCUCCAUCAUGCACUUGCCGGUCACCUAUUUUCUGGUCACCUAUCUCAAUCUCAGGGUCAAGGGGAUUGCCUUGGCCUCCGUCAUUUACUCCGUCAAUAUGAAUCUCGGCCUCUGGAUUUAUCUCUUCUUCUCCAAGGCCGCCAUCAAGCCGUGGACGGGGGCCUCCCUCGACUCCCUCUUCCACGGCUGGCGGCCUUUGCUCGGCCUCGCCUUGCCUAGCGUCUGCCAGGUGUGUCUGGAGUGGUGGUGGUACGAGAUUAUACUGUUUCUAAGUGGUUUGUUGGAGAAUCCGGAAUCUUGCGUGGCGGCGAUGGGGAUUCUGAUCCAGACGACGGGGACGGUGUACGUGUUUCCGUUUUCAUUAAGCCUGAGCAUAUCGCAGCGGGUGGGGCACGAGCUGGGGGCGGCGCAGCCGGCGAGGGCGCAGCUGGCGGCGAUGAUCGGGAUCAUGAUGGCGGCGGGGUACGGGGUGACGGCGUUCGGGCUGAGCGUGGCGCUGCGGUCGCGGUGGGGGAGGCUGUACACGACGGAGCCGCAGGUGCUGGACAUGAUCGCGUCGGUGCUGCCGAUCCUGGGACUGGCAGAGCUGGGAAACGCGCCGCAGACAGCGGCGUGCGGCGCGCUGACGGGGUCGGCGAGGCCCAAGGUCGGAGUGUGGAUCAACAUCGCGGCGUUCUACCUGGUGGGGCUGCCGUGCUCCGCCGUGAUGGCGUUCAAGUUGAAGAAGGGGUUUCAAGGGCUGUGGAUGGGGCUAGUGGCCGCGCAGGCCGCCUGCAUGGCCAUGAUGCUCUACAACGUGUCGCGGACGGAUUGGAAGCACGAGACCAAGAGGGCGGAGGAGCUCACCAUGGCGGCCGUCGGGGACAAGGAGGAUUCCGCCGGAGCUAACUUGGUUGACGGCGGCGCGUGAGAUACAUAAAUUCUUCACUGACCUUAAAACAAAAAAGAAAUUGAUACUACAUAGACUAUCAUUGAGUGUAAAUGUUUCACCUUUUUUUGGGAUUUAUUUUUAUCUUAAAUGUGAAAGGUGGGAGAAAAGAGAGAUAGGAUAAAUAAGUAACUUAAUAAGUUGAUAUGGUUCAUUGAUUAUUCAUAAUUGCUUAGAGGGCCAGAAGUUUCUAUUUAGUUACAUUUUAUUUCUAUAA